UCUCUCUCUCCCUCUCAUCCAUGGUGGUGUGGUGUCUUUAGAUCUGUGCAUCAAAAGCUAAAAGCUUUGCGCAGAAGAAACAGAGAAUCCCAAACCCAUAAUUGGGUUCUUCGAGCGUUUCUUGUUCGUUGUUUUAUCUCUCUCCCCAGUGGUCAAAUGUCUUCCACUUCACUCUUCCCUCUAGUCUGAGACUUUUUUGUUCACUGUUGAGUCCGUGAGAGAAAACGGUGGAUUUCCAGGGAAAAUGAGUGAAAACGCCGAGCUUUUUCUAAGUCUUUUGGUUUGAGUUUCUUCCAUUCUUCAUCUGGGUUUUGCAGUAUUUUAGCGGAAAAUGAGGAAACAUGGAUGGCAACUUCCAUAUCACCCGCUUCAGGUGGUGGCAGUUGCCGUGUUCUUGGCUCUAGGGUUUGCUUUCUAUGUGUUCUUUGCACCCUUUGUUGGGAAAAAGAUGUAUCAGUACAUUGUGAUGGGCAUUUACACUCCUCUGAUUACAUGUGUCUUUGGCCUAUAUAUAUGGUGUGGGGCUGCAGAUCCUGCAGAUCCAGGAGUUUUCCGGUCAAAGAAGUACCUUAAAGUUAUUGGAAAUGAGAAAUUUUCCCGAGAAAAGGAAACGAAAGAUGGAUGUGUAUCUAGUGCUGUUACAGGUGGUGGGAGAUCUCCGGAAAACACCAUUUCCCACCCAGGUACAUGUGUUCAAGACCCAGAAAAUGAUCCUAAGGAGAAACCGAAAUCAUCAGAGAAUUCAUCUUCCCCGCUCUUGCUUUGCUCUCCUUGUGCUGUUAUUUGUAAUUGCUGCAACCCGAGGAAUGAAUCUUCGAAGCAGCAGAUGAGCGAGGAUGGAAUGUUCUAUUGCAGUUUGUGUGAAGUUGAGGUCUUCAAAUACAGCAAGCAUUGCAGAGUUUGUGACAAGUGUGUGGACUGUUUUGAUCAUCACUGCAGGUGGCUGAACAAUUGCAUCGGCAAGAGGAAUUAUCAGAAAUUCUUCACUCUUAUGGUCUCUGCUAUUCUCUUGCUGAUUAUGCAAUGGUCAACCGGAAUUCUUGUCCUCGUCUUAUGUUUUCUCCAAAGGAAGCGGUUCAGUGCUGACAUUUCCUUAAAGCUGGGUAGCAGCUUCUCGUUAAUCCCAUUUGUCAUCGUUGUUGCACUUUGCACGAUGCUGGCUAUGCUGGCCACACUACCACUUGCUCAGCUUUUCUUCUUUCACAUUCUCCUCAUCAAGAAGGCUUUGGAAACGGCUUGUUUUCACAUACUUGUGGGUAUGUAUGAUGAUUGUCGGUUGCGUCACUUCCUUCAGGAAUGUGAUGGUGGAGGUCAACAUAGCCCGCAAAUGUCAAUGGUCAGUUCGCUCACGGGACUAAGCAGUGCGAGUUCCUUUAAUACUUUUCACCGUGCAGCCUGGUGCACACCCCCUCGCUUAUUUGUCGAGGAUCAGUUUGUUGAUGUAGUUCCUCCCGAGAAUGCAUCCGUAAGUUCAUAUGGGAAGAAGACAGCGGUUGAGGAACCUGUCAAGAAGAAGAACGCCCCGGUAAAGAUCAGUCCGUGGACUCUAGCACGGCUCAAUGGCGAAGAGGUUUCAAAGGUAGCAGCGCAAGCAAGAAGGAAAUCCAAAAUACUUCAGCCUGUGGGGAGACGGGAAAAUCCAUUUGGGUUGGAAGCAAGCAGCAGUUUUGGCCGAAGAAUGUUCCCGAAAUCCGACGCUAAUAACAGUAACAAUGGCAAGCGGAGACCAUCGAAACGGAUACGACUACCAGCUGAAAUGCCACCCCUUGAGCCGCUGAUGAAGAAUAUCCAGGCAAAAGCUACUGAAACAUCAUUGAACCCUCUUCAGCUUGAAGCAAGAAGCGCUUUUCAGACAAGCCGAACAAUGUCAAGCUCAGGUGUUAUGGUUACUUCUUCACCCGAAAGCAGCUUAGACUCACCUGACAUUCACCCAUUUAGGGUUUCCUCUGGAGUCGAGGAUUCAACCCAACUCACUGGAUUAUCUUCGACUCUUGCUCUGAUGGGUCAACAGAGGGGAGAUAUGAUAAUACCAUUUACAAGGUCGUCUACAAGUGACGGCUAUGAAGCUUCCGGUGGGGAAGACAGCGAUCAGGUUCCUUCUAGAAACAUCCAUAGAUUUCGAUGAUGAUAAUGGAUAGUACCGUAGAUUUUCCGCCUUCAGCAUUCUUUCAUUCAUGGCCGGUGAACUCACGAAUGGACCAAUCAAGAAAGUGAAUUCUUUUCCCGGGUUUUCGCGAGAUUUACAGUGCAAGCGAGGAGCUGUGGAACUGACAAGUAGCACCGGGAAAGAAAGAAAGGCGUUUGAGGGAAUCGACAAGAUCUUGGUUGGUCUUUGGGGGAUUUUUCUUUGCUAAAGUUGUGAAAAAGCUUUGUUUCUUGUGAAAAUGGUGAAAACUCGUUGUUUAUUUUUCUCGUGAUCUUUGUCAGUAACUCUUCUGUAUAGUUUUGUAACUCAGAAAUAUGGCAACUUCCAUGAACUGAUUGAUACAACUGAAGAUGUCUACCUGAGUUUUCCC